UUACAAGACAGUAUCUCUAGUUUAUGGACAAGUCAAGAAAGGUCAGCCAGACGGACUGUUGCUGUUGCGAACCGAAUAGCGGAAAUUGUUUGUUUGACGCACGUGCGUGACUAUUGUACUAAAAAAUUUUAAGGUCCUAUACCGGUCUACAACAGAGCAUAUUAUAUCUAGCCUGCUUGUCUCCUCAGUGAAGCGAGCAAUCGCCGAGAGGUUGUAAUUCAUCAACGCUCGGAGUAAAUCAACAUGGCGGAAGAAGCAGCGGUUAAUCCCAAAGCGUAUCCGUUGGCGGACGCAGCACUGACUGCCAAAAUCUUAAACCUUGUUCAGCAAGCUGCAAACUACAAGCAAUUAAGAAAAGGUGCUAAUGAAGCCACAAAAACCUUAAAUAGAGGUCUCUCAGAGUUUAUUAUAAUGGCUGCCGAUGCGGAGCCCUUAGAAAUCGUGCUUCACAUUCCUAUUUUAUGCGAGGACAAGAAUGUGCCAUAUGUGUUUGUGAGAUCAAAGCAAGCGCUUGGCCGUGCGUGCGGCGUGUCUCGGCCAAUCAUUUCCUGCUCCAUCACUAUUAAUGAAGGGAGUCAGCUGAAGCCUCAGAUCCAAAGUAUCCAGCAAGAAAUUGAAAGACUCUUAGUUUAAGUGAUAAAAGUGAAUUAAUGCUAUUUUCAUAAAUACACAAAUAUUUAAAAAGUUUGAUUUUAUUAUGCUUAAAAUUUAUACAAGACAUUCGUUCAGUUAUUUAGUUAGGCUGGUGUAAUGUUCCUACCUAGGUUAGGUGUAAUGAUAUCAGCC